AUGGAGCCACUUGAAAUCCUCAACAAUAGUCAAAGAGCAGUAGAAGGAGCCCUCCGACUUGAGAAGUGUGGCUUUGGAUUUGAAUGGACCGACGUUCAUUUUGCCCUCUUCGCAUUCGGUUUUGCGGUGUUCCAGAGAGGUCAUGGGUUUAAAUCCGAACCAUCCCAGCUGAGGCGAGACGAGGAGGAGGAUGAUGUCCUGCUGGGUGAAGAGGAGGAGGCGGCCGCGGUGGCCCGGCCGGUCCAGAUCGUGGUGGCGGACGAGGAGGAGCACUCCUUCUCGCUGCAGGAGGAGGCCCUGGAGCAGCUGCUGCUGCAGCCGGAGGUGCGGGACCUCCACGUGGUCGUGGUCUCGGUGGCCGGAGCCUUCCGCAAGGGCAAGUCCUUUCUCCUGGACUUCAUGCUGCGCUACAUGUACAAACAGUCACACGACUCGUGGGUUGGCGGGGAGGAGGAGCCUCUGACCGGCUUCACCUGGCGGGGGGGCUGCGAGAGGGAAACCACUGGCAUCCUGGCCUGGAGCGAAGUGUUUGUGGUGGGGAAACCAGAUGGGAGCAAGGUUGCAGUUUUAAUCGUGGACACGCAAGGUGCGUUCGACAGCCAGUCCACCAUCAAAGAUUGCGCCACGCUGUUCGCCCUGAGCACCAUGACCAGCUCUGUCCAGGUGUACAACCUGUCGCAGAACGUCCAGGAAGACGACCUCCAGCACCUCCAGCUUUUCACCGAAUACGGGCGGCUUGCCAUGGAGGAAGUCUACGAAAAACCCUUUCAGACGCUGAUGUUUUUGAUCAGAGACUGGAGUUACCCCUACGAACACCCGUACGGCCUGGAGGGAGGGCAGAGCUUUCUGGAAAAGCGACUGCAGGUGAAACAGAACCAGCACGAGGAACUCCAAAAUGUCCGCAAGCACAUCCAUUCCUGCUUCUCCAACAUCAGCUGCUUCCUGCUCCCACACCCCGGCCUCAAGGUGGCCACCAACCCCCACUUUGACGGCCGGCUCAUGGACAUCGACGACGAAUUUAAGAAGGAGCUGGUGAACCUGAUCCCAGCGCUGCUUUCUCCCGAAAAUCUGGUGGAGAAGGAAAUCGGCGGAGUAAAAAUCACCUGCAGAGACCUGCUGCAGUACUUCAAAGCCUACAUGAAGAUCUAUCAGGGAGAAGAACUUCCCCACCCCAAGUCCAUGCUGCAGGCAACAGCUGAAGCAAAUAACCUAGCGGCUGUGGCAGGAGCCAAAGACGUGUACACGAAGAGCAUGGAGCAGGUCUGCGGGGGGGACAAGCCCUACAUCGCCCCGGCCGAGCUGGAGCGCCGCCACCUGGAGCUGCGGGCGGCGGCCGUGCGGCACUUCCGCGCCGUCAAGAAGAUGGGCGGCGAGGAGUUCUGCCGGCGCUACCAGGAGCAGCUGGAGGCCGAGCUGGACGAGGCCCACGCCAGCUUCAGCCGCCACAACGACGGCAAGAACAUCUUCCACGCCGCGCGCACGCCGGCCACGCUCUUCGCCGUCAUGUUCGCCGCCUACGUGGCCUCGCUGGUCACCGGCUUCGUGGGCAUCAGCUCGGUGGCCGUGGCCUGCAACGUGGUGAUGGGGCUGGCGCUGGCGGCCCUCUGCGUCUGGGCCUACGUCAAGUACUCCGGGGAGUUCCGAGAAGUGGGGGCGGUCAUCGACCGGGUGGCGGAAACCCUGUGGGAGCAGAGGACUCCAAGAAAGGUCUUCUCCAAACUCUUCGAGGUGGCCCGGAGCCGCGUCCCGCUGACCAGCCUGAUCCCCGCGCCGCGGCCCCGGCUCGCCUCCAACAACAACGUCAAGAAGAAAAACUAG